AUGGCGCAACUCACAGAGACUUACGCCUGCUCGCCAUCCACCGAGCGUGGACGCGGCAUCCUCAUCUCGGGCGACUCGAAAUCCGACUCAAUUCUCUACUGCAACGGCCGCUCCGUUUUGAUCCGGUACUUGGACAGGCCGCUCCACGUGGAGGUCUACGGGGAGCACGGGUACCCCGUCACCGUCGCCCGGUAUUCCCCCAACGGAGAGUGGAUCGCCUCUGCUGACGUGUCCGGGACGGUCAGGAUCUGGGGGACUCACAAUGGGUUCGUGCUUAAAAACGAAUUCAAAGUUAUUGCGGGUCGGAUCGAUGAUCUGCAAUGGUCGCCCGACAGUAUGCGCAUUGUUGCUUGCGGUGAUGGAAAGGGAAAGUCGUUUGUUCGCGCUUUCAUGUGGGAUUCAGGGAGCACUGUAGGAGAUUUUGAUGGCCAUUCAAAGAGGGUUUUGAGCUGUGCAUUUAAGCCAACAAGGCCAUUUCGAAUUGCCACUUGUGGGGAGGAUUUCUUGGUCAACUUUUAUGAAGGUCCACCUUUUAAGUUCAAGCUAUCUCACAGGGAUCAUUCAAACUUUGUCAACUGUAUUAGAUUCUCUCCAGAUGGGAACAAAUUAAUCAGUGUAAGCUCUGACAAGAAGGGUUUAAUAUACGACGGGAAAACUGGGGAAAAGAUUGGAGAAUUGUCCUCGGAAAAUGGUCAUCAGGGCAGCAUUUAUGCAGUUAGCUGGAGUCCUGAUAGCAAACAGGUUCUUACAGUUUCUGCUGACAAGUCUGCCAAGGUGUGGGAGAUUUCCGAAGAUGGUAAUGGAAAGGUGAUUAAAACAUUGGCUUCUUCUGAAUCCGGUGCAGUGGAGCACAUGCUUGUUGGAUGCCUUUGGCAGAAUGAUCAUCUUGUUACCGUUUCCCUUGGUGGCAGAAUCAACAUUUUUUCGGCUCGUGAUCUUGAUAAAGACCCUAUUUCAUUUUCUGGACACGUGAAGAAUGUCAAUGCAUUGACUAUGCUCAAAAGCAGCCAAAAGAUGAUCUUGUCCAGCAGCUAUGAUGGACUUAUGAUUAGAUGGAUACAAGGCGUUGGGUACAGUGGUAAAUUGGAGAGGAAAUAUAGUGCUCAAAUCAAAUGUUUAGCAGCUGUUGAAGAGCAGAUUGUAACAUCUGGAUUUGAUAACAAGGUUUGGAGAGUUCCUCUGUGCGGAGAGGAAUGUGGAGCUGCGGAGCAUGUUGAUAUUGGCAGUCAACCGAAAGACUUUAGCCUUGCCCUUGGCUCCCCUGAACUGGCUUUGGUUUCGACUGACACCGGCGUUGUUUUGCUUAAAGGUUUGGAAGUGUUGUUAAACAUCAAACUUGGGUUUACUGUGACAGCAAGUGCGAUUGCCCCUGAUGGAACCGAAGCCAUUGUGGGUGGUCAGGAUGGCAAAUUGCACAUCUAUUCUGUGUCAGAGAACGUUCUUAAAGAAGAAGCAGUUCUUGAAAAACAUAGAGGUGCAAUUACUGCAAUAAGAUAUUCACCAGAUGUCUCCAUGUUUGCUUCAGCUGAUGGCAAUCGGGAAGCCGUAGUUUGGAACCGUGCCUCCAAAGAGGUGAAGCUUAAUAAGAUGUUGUUUCACACUGCUCGCAUUAACUGUGUGGCUUGGUCUCCCAAUAGCGCAAUGGUCGCCACUGGAUCUCUUGACACUUGUGUCAUCAUCUAUGAAAUUGGGAAGCCUGCAUCAAGCCGCAUAACCAUAAAGAAUGCUCAUUUGGGUGGAGUGUAUGGCUUGGCUUUUACUGAUGAUUCCAAUGUGGUGAGUUCAGGAGAGGAUGCCUUUAUACGUGUAUGGAAGGUAGCAUCAGAAUAAGAAGAGUACUGCCUCCCAUAUGCUUAAUGCAGGAUGCAAAUUCCAUGCAAAAAUGGUGCCAAGUUUAAGAGUGAAAGCAGAGAACAGUGCUGCAUUGCUUUGGACUUGAUUGUCUAAAAGGCUAUGCAGUCCAUAGGUCUUUUGGAUAGAUCUUACUGAUGUUUGCUGAUAUUGAGUGUACAUUUCUCCGAAAUUAACCAAUUCUAAGAAUGCAAAAACUGCUUGCCCAGAGCACAGAGGAUUUCCCCAGAGACACUACUGUGGACCCGAUUCUCUGCUAGUGAAUUGAUGGCAGACUAACAGAAUAAAAGGACCCUUUAGUAGAUAAAGGUG